AUGGGUGAUUUAAAUAUUAUGUGUAUCCUCUAUAGAAAUAACGAAGGUUGCGAUCAUUAUGAAUGCCAUUGGCAGCAACUGUGGCAUGAGAAUCCAUAUGCUAGCAUGAAUUUAAUGAUUCUUGAGGCGAUGAACAGAAAUAGCAUGAUUUUGUCAAACUUGGCUAAUAGCCACUGAAGGAUGGCAAAUGAAGUUAGCUUCCUUUAUCAGACUUUUACUGAAAUGGGUGGGUCAACUUCAAAACCAGAAGAGGUCAAGCCACCAGAUCCAGAAGAAAUUGUGCUUCAAGCUCUUUCGAUGACCAAAGAAAACUGUGACUUUCCAAUAAGACUCGAGCUUGAUAAAACUUUUCCAGCAAGAAUUUGCAAGGAAAGAGGAUUUAAGCUUAGCUUUCACUUAGAGAAUAGAGAUAAAGAAAUAAUAGCCUUGCAAUCUCAAGCAAAAUUUCAAAUAUUUAUAGUCACUCAUAACGAGCCACCAAUAGUCCUUAAUAAAACCCUCAGCGGAAAACCAAUCCUAAGAGGGACUUAUGAGGCUACUGAAAACGAGAAUGGAAAUAUUCAAUUUAACAAUGUAGUCAUCAACGAGGUUUCCUCUCACUACACCAAAGAAAUAAAUGGUGACGUUGACAGAAAUGGAGUCCGAGGCGGCACCUCGUGAUGGAACAGUGGACCGGAGAGAGAGGUCUCAAGUAGACUAUUUCAAUGGAAAUCUUGACGAAGCAGGGUGUUUUGUUUCUCCCUGAAGGAUUCCCUGUCCCUGCCAGAUGGGCAAGACAGGUUUGCUUACCACAUGGUCUUUACUAAUCGGGACCAUGGGGUGUUAUCUAGAAGCGGCUCUGCCCAGGGUGAGCUAAUCCCCUGGACAGGUGGCUCAGGCCAUAAUCCAAAAUAGCGUCUUCAAAUACUAUUUUGGAGCCGAGACGGGGCGAUGGUCAGCGCCUGCGGGAGCGCUUAUGGCAAGAUACUUAAUAACUUAACUUAACUCUCACUACACCAACAACUGUUUUAUUUUCAUAGCUCUGUGCCUUAACAAUUUAAAUAUAAAGCCGUUUAUUAAAAAGAACCUCAAUGUAAGGGCAAGGAAGGCGCUAAAGCACAGAAAAUUAAAUAAAUAA